AUGUACCUACUACCCGUCCUCACUCUCCUGGCAGUGACCUCAGCUGCUCCGGCCCCAUCGAAAAGAAAGAACUGCUCCGUCAGGUCGAAGAGCAGCGAUACCGCUCCAGCAGUAGUAGGCGCAUUACAACAAAACGACAACGCCGUAGUGAUUCCUACUGGGACAGACGGAGUUACACCCUACAUCCCUGAAACCGUACUUCCUGAUUCGAGCUCUAACUCGGAUGUAGUGAUGGGUGCAUGGGAUAGAGGUGGAUGGUCAGGUUGGAAUAAACCGCAAUCUACUUCUGCAGGUGCUGCUGCUCCUACCACUCCGCCAGCUACUGCCGUCGCAUCAGCGUUCCCGGUGUCCCAAGCUGUCCCCUCAGUUUCCCAAGCUCAGUCGGCUCCAGUGAGCCAGGCUGCCCCGCCUGCUUCUCAGGCAGUAUCUUCUCCUGCUUCGCAGUCAGUAGCACCACCAUCAAGUCAAGUCGCAUCAUCUCCCGCAUCCGUACCGGUAUCGACUGCACCAUCUAGCACCGCUGUAUCUACCCCAUCGUCCGAAGGUGGUCAAACAGGUCUAGGACUGGACGAAACCUCCUGGUCCCAAUUGACCAAUGCACAAGGUUUGGACUGGUACUGGAAUUGGAAUUAUAAGCCUUUCGAAGGAAUGCAAGCUGAAUUUGUAGCUUGCAUAUGGGGUGAGGUGAUGGCCAAUGAAUUUAUCGGGUCGGGUACGGGCGGAUUACCCCAAGGGGUUCAGUAUGUGAUGAGUUUCAAUGAACCGGAUAUGGGAGCGGAUGUGGGAGGAUCGAAUAUCCCUGAUGUAGCUCAUGCGGCGAGCUUGCAUCAACAGUGGACAGCGAAUGUUCCGGAGGGUGUGAAGAUCGGUGCGCCGGCUGUAGCGAGAGGUGGUGAUGUGAAAUGGUUUACCCCCUGGGUAACCGCUUGUGGUGGUCAAUGUAAAUACGAUUUCGUACCUAUUCAUUUUUACGGAGUAGUCGUUGAAGAUUUGUUCGAAUACAUCAAGAGCUUCCCAGCAGGUGGUAAACCUAUUUGGGUAACAGAGUUCGAUUGUCAAGAUUUCUCUACCGGAGAGGUAUGCGAUGAGAAGAAACAAACUGAUUUCAUGGAUAGAGCUAUAGCAUGGUUUGAAGGUGAAGGAUCGGUAUAUGUAGAGAGAUGGGCAUGGUUCGGUGCUUUGCCUAAAUUUUCAGAAACUACUUUUGGUUUGUUGGAUAAAGGGGGAGCGUUGAAUGAGUUUGGUUCACAUUAUUUGAGUUUGUAA